AUGACUAGAAGAUUCAGCCGGCAGCUGGCUGCCGCUUUCGACGAAGCCGCUCUGGCCAUUAAGCACAAGGCUCCGUGCGAGAGCAGCGGCAGCGAGCAUUUCACGCCAUCUGUCUCCAAUCUCGUGAACUCGUUCUUCGAUUGCAGGCCCAACGCCGAAAAGAGAGAAAAGUCCCACAAUAUGGAUUUCGAGGAGUCGAAGGGGGAUCACGAGGGCGGGUGCGCUGGGGAAACGGUGAUUAUUGAGUUGGAGAAACUGCUCAAAGGAGCUACAGACGAUGAAGAGCGAGAGAGGAUCCGCUCCUUGACGGAACGAGAUCUGGCUAGCGAAAUUGGGGAGAGAUCUUCGGAUGGAUUCAAACCUCGUUUGAUGACCCAUCUACGCAAUGCCGGCUUGGAAGCGAUUCGAUUCUAG